AAAAAGAAAAAAAAAAAAAGAAAAAGAAAGGGAAAACCUUGUUUUGAAAUUUCCCAUAGCUAAGUCGACGAAGUAAAGAAGAGAACAAAUAGAGUGUGGAAUGGGGGAAAGGAAAUGCUUGAUACUCAGUUUUGGUUCAAUCUUCUGAUAGUUGAAGUUUGAUUCUUUUUAAAGCGAUACGUUGCGUUUUGGAGUUUUGGUGUUAGUGUGGAUUCGGUUUAGUGAGGGAAGGGUUUGUGAAAUUUUUUGAGCGAUAAGGAAAAAAAAAUAGAAAUUGGAGAUGCAAACGGAGGCUAGGGUUGGCGUGGCGGUGGAGGGAGGUGUGAGGAAGCUGGUUCAGCCGCCGCAGCAGAAGCCACAGCAGCUUGGGACGGUGUCGCAGCUUCUUGCAGGAGGAGUCGCCGGCGCCCUCGCCAAGACCUGUACGGCGCCGCUUGCGAGACUCACCAUCCUCUUUCAGGUUCAAGGCAUGCAUUCUAAUGUUGCAACUUUGAGAAAACUCAGCAUAUGGAGUGAGGCUACAAGAAUUAUUCAUGAAGAGGGAUUUCGAGCUUUCUGGAAAGGAAAUCUGGUUACAAUUGCUCACCGCCUACCCUAUUCGUCUGUUAACUUUUAUGCAUAUGAGCACUACAAGAAGUUAUUGAAGACAAUUCCUGUAUUGCAAAGUCAUACAGAUAAUGUCAGCGCAGAUCUUUGCAUACAGUUUGUAGGUGGUGGUCUGGCAGGAAUAACUGCUUCUGCAUCUACUUAUCCAUUGGAUCUUGUAAGAACACGGCUUGCUGCUCAGACAAACACCACAUACUAUAGUGGUAUAUUUAAUGCUUUACAAACUAUUAGCAAGGAAGAGGGAAUAUUUGGCCUUUACAAGGGACUUGGAACUACACUCUUGACUGUAGGACCAAGUAUAGCAAUAAGCUUCACUGUAUAUGAAAGCAUGAGAUCUUAUUGGCAAUCAAAUAGACCCAAUGAUUCAGCUGCUGUUGUCAGUCUGGCUUGUGGCAGUCUUUCAGGCAUUGCAUCGUCAACAGCAACAUUUCCCUUGGAUCUUGUGAGGCGGCGGAAGCAACUGGAAGGGGCUGGUGGGCGAGCCCGUGUGUAUACAAUGGGCCUCUUUGGUAUGUUCAGACACAUUAUUCGGACUGAAGGUCUGCGAGGUCUAUACAGAGGAAUUUUGCCUGAAUACUACAAGGUGGUGCCUGGUGUAGGCAUUUGCUUUAUGACCUACGAUACACUGAAGAAGCUUUUAGCCGACAUUUCUGCAUAAUCGCACAAUUCUGCUUUGGAGUUCCGAGAUACAAUUAAGUCGAUAAAGUUAUAUGCCGACAUUUCUGCAUAAUCGCACAAUACUGCUUUGGAGUUCCGAGAUACAAUUAAGUCGAUAAAGUUAUAUACUGAUUUAAGUUCAUUAUAUUUCAUGGGUUCGCAUGGUGGCAAUUUUGUGAUGCUGCUGUGGGGAUUGCAUUUUUUCCCUGUACAGAUCAUCAAGAACAUUUAAUAUUUACCCGUUAGCAGUCUUGUAUUCU